ACGAAAUAUAAUUGAAUUAACGCAUUUAUACUAAAUCUUAUAUACAAUAAAUGUUUCCAAAUGCAUAUAAGAAGAACAAACGACACAUACCAUUGAUAUAUAUACGAAGUUAGAAGAAUAAAAAUAGAAUAUUAUUGUUGUUUAGUUGUUGAAGCUGCAAUAAAAAUGGCAUCAGUUACAGACGAUGAGGUUAUAAAGAAACGUCUUCUUAUAGAUGGUGAUGCGGGCAAUGAUGAAAAGAGAUUAACAAGUCUGUUGAAAACAUUCAUUCGCUGGUGUAAUAGUACUGAUGAACCUUCUAGUGAUGAAAGUCAUUUGACAGUUCAGCGUAUGUUGGCCACAUUGGCACAGAGCGAUCAUGCUAUACAGAAAUCUUCUCAAGUUUAUAGAAUGAACCUUCUGGAGCAAGAAAAUUAUGAAACUCUAAAUAAACAAAUAG